UUGAAAAGGUACUUUUAACUUGUAAAAUUUAACUUCCGGCGUUGCUAGGCUCCUCCGGUAUUAGCCGUUUGUUUACACAUUUCUUUGGCUUUCAGGAGCAUCGUUGAAGCAGUGUGAGGAGAAACUAAAGCAGCAGCGUUGGAAAGUCUGACUAUUUACCUCAAAAAUGCCCUUGUUUGGGAACAUUUUCAGUCCCAAAAAAACACCACCUCGUAAGUCUGCAUCCCUUUCCAAUCUACAUACACUGGAUCGGUCAACACGGGAGAUUGAAUUAGGUCUGAAAUAUGGAUCUCCGGUGAUGAAUAUUGGCGUCCAGAGCUUGACAUUUGAAGAUGGCCAGUGGAUUUCAGAGUCAGGAGGUAAUGUAUCAGGAAAAGAGGUACAGCGACUGAAGAAAAGGAAUCUACAGUUAGAAGAGGAGAAUAAUCUCUUCAGGCUAAAGAUUGAGGUUCUUCUUGAAAUGCUUUCAGAGUCAACAGCAGAAACGCAUCUAAUACAGAAGGAACUUGAAGAUGUGAGGAGUAAUUCUCGGAGAAAGAAGUGAUGAAAGGAAAUAAAGGGGAUUCAGUCUUUUUUAUGUGUAUAUACAGUAUAGGGAUUUUACAAUAAAAUUGGUGGAUCUAUUGCAAGACAGUAUUUAAAUAUCACUUACAUAU